AUGGCGGCAUCGACGAAUCAAAUCGAGUUUCAGGAUCAUUUACCUUUGAUUGAGGAGAAAUUGGGCGGCGAUGGUUUGAUCGGAGAAUUAUGCAAUGGAUUCCGACUGUUGAUGGACGCUGAUAAAGGUUUGAUUACGUUCGAUAGCUUGAAGAAAAAUUCGUCCCUUUUGGGGCUACAGGAUCUGAGCGACGAUGAUCUGUUGAGUAUGUUGAGAGAAGGAGAUUAUGAUGGUGAUGGUGCGUUGAAUCAGAUGGAGUUUUGUGUUUUGAUGUUCAGAUUAAGCCCAGAUCUUAUGGAGCAAUCUGGGUUUUUGUUGGAAGAAGCUCUUGAACAGGAGGAUAGCAAUCUGUCAAAUAAAUUAGAAUCCGAAUACUUGAAAUCACUUAGACCAUAUGGAGUGGGCAACGCCCUAAGGCGUUAUGCUGAUGUGGCCGAUGAAAAACGGUGCUGGAAACACCGUCCUGGGGGCGCGAUUUUAAGCGUUAUGGUAGCCGGCGUUACCAUGGCAAAGUGA